AUGUCGUCCUCCGAUGAGAAAAACGUCUACGAUGAGAAGAAUGUCUCUUCCGUUGUCGAGCCUCCCGGUGUCGAGCAAGUCGGGGUUGGUCGUGUGACCGGCCUCAAGAGACGCCUGCCUCAUUUCAGCCUCGAGGUCCGUCAGGAGGAAAGCAGCUUUGCUACCACAAAGGCCGCCUCCAAUGCGGACUUCGAUCCAAUUCCUCCAUCAAAGCGCACAUGGAACUGGGGUGCGUAUGUCGCCUACUGGAUGGCCGACGCCUGGGCCGUGUCGAACUGGGAAGUUGCUUCUUCCAUGAUCGCCGUCGGCCUUAGCUGGAGAAUGGCAGUCGGCGCCUGUGUCCUGGGCAAUUUUAUCAUGGGUCUCGUCAUCACCAUCAACGGCAGAAUGGGUGCCACACUACACACUCCGUUCCCCGUCCUGGCACGCAUGCCCUUUGGCUAUUACUUCAGCUACUUUGUCGUCGUGUCUCGCUGCGUCCUCGCCAUUGUAUGGCUCGGUGUCCAAACCACCACUGGCGGUCAAUGCAUGACCGUGUUGAUCACAGCCAUCUGGCCCAGUUUUGCCAACCUUCCCAACCACAUACCUGCUAGCGAGGGCAUCACCACCGCCGGAAUGAUUGGCUUCUUGAUCUACUUCCUGCUUCAGCUUCCCUUCUUGUGCAUCCCCUACACAAAGGUCCAAUACUUUUUCGCCUUCAAGAGUAUUAUUGCACCGAUCAUCUUCUUGGCCAUUUUCGGAGACACAUUGCGCAGGGCUGGCGGUACCAUCAGCCAUAGCACAGUCAUCACUCAGGGCAACACAUUGAGCGGUUCGACCCUUGCGUGGGCCUUUUUCGGCAAUCUCAACGGAGUCUUGGGCAACUACGCCACCUUGGGCCUCAACAUCGCCGACUUUGCGAGGUACGCCAACAAACCCAGCGCGCAGAACGUCCAAGCGCUCGUCAUCCCCGUCAUCUUUACUAUUGUUGGUCUGCUUGGAAUUUUCACUGCCGCAGCCGCUCAGACUGCUUAUAACGAUGUCAUCUGGAACCCCAUCGUCAUCAUCAAUCUCUGGAUGAAGUCUGGGUCCCACGGUGGCCGUGCUGCCGCCGCCUUUGGCGCCAUCGGCUUGAUCAUCGUCACCCUCGGUAUCAACAUUUCGGCCAACUCUAUAAGCGCGGCCAACGACCUCAUGUCCUUCUGUCCCAAGUACAUCAACAUUCGCCGUGGCCAACUUCUCGCCGCCGUCAUCGGUAGCUGGGGUUUUGUUCCGUGGAAAAUCCUCGCAUCGGCCGCGAAAUUCCUCGCUUUCCUCGGUGGCUACACCAUUUUCCUGGGCCCCAUGACAUCCAUUCUCAUGACUGAUUACUACAUCGUGCGGCGCGGCAACGUGUCCGUGCCCGACAUGUACAACUUCCACGGCAUUUACCGCUACUCGCCUCGAUUCGCGACCAACUGGCGCGCCGUCGCCGCCUUCUUCAUCGGCUGCACUCCCCCACUCCCUGGUUUCGUCAACAAUAUCGUUGUGGCAGGUAACGGCAAGACGAGUGUCUCUCUGGGCGGUCAACAUCUGUUCGCCAUCGGCUAUAUCUAUUCCUUUGUCGCUGCCGGCGUCUUCUACUGGGGCUUCAAUCGCUUCUUCCCGCACAACGCCUCCAAGAUGGACCAUCCUGAGACGGGUGAGGACAUUAUCGCGGCAAACGAUGCCAAGAAUCUCCAGGAGCGUCGCGCCAGUUGGGCGGAGCGCAGACCGAGUGCCGUGUCAAGGUUCUUCCAAGUUUAG